ACGUGCCUCAGUUGUCGCGUGAUCAGCUGACUGAGCUGCUCCGUGUGUCAGCGGGGACGAGCUGCUGCCAGCUAGCAUUAAAAACAAGCCGAAAAAGGAGGCUACUGUCCGUGUUUGUCUGCCCCGGAGGGAAACGUUCGUCGACAAUCUUUCCACUGAAGGAAAUGUUCCAGUAGGACUCCUUCCUGUGACACGCCAUCAUAAUGUCGGGGAACAGCUUGGUUCUACCCAUAGUGCUAUGGGGCCGCACGGCACCCACCCACUGUAUCAGCAGUCUGCUGGUGAUGGACGACUUCAGCACCAUCAUCACCGGCUGCCAUGACGGACAGAUCUGCCUCUGGGACAUGACCCCUGAGCUGGAGAUUUGUCCCAGAGCCAUGUUGUUUGGUCACACGGCCUCCAUCACCUGUCUGUCUAAAGCCAGCGCGUGCAGUGACAAACAGUACAUCGUCAGUGCAUCAGAGAGCGGAGAGAUGUGUUUAUGGGAUGUGAACGAUGGACGCUGCAUUGAGUUCACCAAGCUGGCCUGUGCUCACACUGGCAUACAGUUCUACCAGUUUACCAUUGGCACUCAGAGGGAGGGACGUCUGCUUUGUAACGGCCAUUACCCAGAAAUCCUUGUGGUGGACGCCACCAGCCUGGAGGUCCUGUACUCGCUGGUGUCAAAGAUCUCUCCCGACUGGAUCAGCUCCAUGAGCAUCAUCCGAUCCCACCGGACACAAGAGGACACAGUGGUGGCGGUGUCAGUGACGGGGAUUUUGAAGGUCUGGAUCAUCACAGCUGAGGUCAGCAGGAUGCAGGACCUGGACCCUGUGUUUGAAGAAGAGUCCAAACCCAUCUACUGUCAGGGCUGUCAGAGUAUUUCCUUCUGUACUUUCACUCAGAGCAGCCUGCUGGUCGUUUGCUCCAAGUACUGGAGGGUGUUUGAUGCAGGCGACUACUCGCUGCUCUGCUCAGUGCCCAGUGACAACGACCAGGCCUGGACUGGAGGAGAGUUCAUCGCCGCCGACAAAGUCAUCAUCUGGACUGAAGACGGCUGCAGUUACAUCUACAAGCUGCCUGCCAGCUGUCUGCCUGCUAGUGAACAUUUCCGCAGUGAUGUUGGGAAAACCAAAGAAGGCUCGAUCCCUCCACUCAUCUACAGCAUCGUGGGCCACUCAGACAAACAGCUCCUGAUCUGUCCUCCUGUGACUCGGUUCUUCUUCGGCCGACGGGAGCCUUUCCAUAAGCUGCUGAUCCAGGGAGACUCAGCAGGCAGACUGUCCCUGUGGAGCAUCCCAGACGCCUCGCCUCCACAUCCGCUGUUGACCGCCUCAGAGCUGCAGGUGUCGUCCACCAUCAGUCUCCAGGAGGCGUUUGAUAAGUUGACCCCCGUGUCUGCGGGGAUCAUCGACCAGCUCAGUGUCCUGCCUGGAAAAGAAGAACCCAUCAAGGUGACAGCCAGCGUGUACAUCCCCUCUCAGGGUCGCUUGGUGUGCGGAAGAGAAGAUGGCAGCAUCAUCCUGGUACCUGCCACUCAGACCGCCAUCGUCCAGCUGCUGCAGGGGGAGCACAUGCUCAGGAGAGGCUGGCCGCCUCAUCGUACCCUACGAGGUCACCGGAACAAGGUGACGUGCGUCCUGUAUCCAUACCAGAUCUCCCCCCGCUACGACCAGCGCUCGUUGGUGUCCGGAGGAGUGGACUUCUCCGUCAUCGUCUGGGACAUUUUUACCGGAGAGAUGAAACACAUUUUCUGCGUCCACGGAGGAGAGAUCACCCAGCUCAUCGUCCCGCCUGAAAACUGCAGCACCCGGGUGCAGCACUGUGUCUGCUCGGUGGCCAGCGACCACUCUGUCGGCCUGCUCAGUCUCAGGGAGAGGAAGUGCAUCAUGCUGGCGUCGCGACACCUCUUCCCCAUCCAGGUCAUCAAGUGGCGUCCGGCGGACGACUACCUGGUGGUGGGAUGCUCCGACGGCUCCGUCUAUGUGUGGCAGAUGGACACAGGUGCUCUGGACCGCUGUGUGAUGGGUAUAACGGCAGUGGAGAUCCUGAACGCCUGUGAUGAACUGGCUCCAGCCACUGUGGAUGCUCUGAGCCACUCGGCCGUGAACCUGAAGCAGGCAAUGACUCGCCGCAGCCUGGCAGCACUGAAGAACAUGGCCCAGCACAAACUGCAGACGCUCGCCACCAACCUGCUGGCUGCAGACAACGCUGACAAGGGCAACCUGCCGAAAUACUCCCACAAUGCCCUGGUGGUCCAGGCUAUGAAGACCAACCUGACGGACCCUGACAUGCACGUGCUGUUCUUCGACGUGGAGGCGGUGAUCAUCCAGCUGCUGACGGAGGAAGCCCAGAGACCGAACCCCACACUGGUGUCUCCAGAGACGCUGCAGAAGAGCCAGGCCGGAGCCGACAAGGGGGGGUCAUUCCUGGCCAACAAGAUCUUCAAACAGGUGAAGGAGACAAUGAAGGAGACCAUCAAGGAGCAUCUGUUGGAUGAAGACGAGGAGGAAGAGGAGGAGAUGAGGAGGCGAGAGGAGAAGUCCAAGUCUCUGAGUCUGCUGGAGUACAACCUGACGAUGGACACGGCCAAGCUCUUCAUGUCCUGCCUGCACGCCUGGGGUCUCAACGAACAGCUGGACGGCAUCUGUCUGGAGCGACUGGGCAUGCUCAGACCGCACUGUCCCAUCUCCUUCGGCCUGAUCUCCAGAGGAGGUCACAUGUCGCUGAUGCUGCCCACCUUCAAGGAGUCCCUGCUGCGGCAGCUGUCCCUGGCGACGGGUCUGAAGCUGACUCUGACGGACAUCGUGGGGAAGGGGACAUACGGCGUGUCGAGGGCCGUCACCACGCAGCACCUCUUGUCUGUGAUCUCACUGGCUAACACUCUGAUGGGCAUGACCAACGCGACCUUCGUCGGAGAGCACAUGAAGAAAGCACCGGCCAGGCCUCCCAGACCAGGAGGAACCCCGGAGACUCCUCGCAGGAUGCUGGCUGCCCCCCCUCAGCCUUCCAACCCAGCGCUACAGGCCCAGAUCAAACAAGGUUGGAGCCAGCUGGCAGCCAUGCACUGUGUGAUGCUCCCUGACCUCCUCGGCCUGGACAAGUUCAGACCACCUCUGCUGGAGAUGUUGGCGAGGAGGUGGCAGGACCGCUGUCUGGAGGUGCGCGAAGCAGCACAAGCUCUCCUAUUGGCUGAAUUAAGACGGAUUGGCCAAUCAGGACGGAAAGACACCAUCGACAUGUGGGCUCCAUACCUGCCUCAGUAUGUGGACACUGUCAGCUCCCCUGGGACGACCACUGAGCCCUCCCCUCCGGCCCCGCCUCCUCCUGAGGCUGCACCAAUAGAAACAAAGGCUCCUGAAGAGGAACUGGACGUUACGGACGAUGACAUCACAGCAGGCUGUCUGUCCAACCUUCCACCAAACGCUAAGAAGAUCUCCAACUCAUACGAAGAGCGCCGCAAACAGGCCACCGCCAUCGUGCUGCUGGGAGUCAUUGGGGCCGAGUUUGGCGCUGAGAUCGAACCUCCGAAGGGUUUAGCACGGGCUCGACCCGGCGGACAAGCACCUGAAGGCUUCGGACUGACGAGCGGAGGUUCAUCCAACUAUUCACUGGCCAGACACACAUGUAAGGCACUGACCUUCCUACUGCUGCAGCCCCCGAGUCCCAAGCUGCCUCCGCACAGCACCAUCCGCCGCACCGCCAUCGAUCUGAUUGGCCGAGGCUUCACCGUGUGGGAGCCGUACAUGGACGUGUCGGCGGUGCUCAUGGGACUGCUGGAGCUCUGCGCCGACGCCGAGAAGCAGCUGGCCAAUAUUACGAUGGGUUUGCCCCUCAAUCCGCCAGCAGAUUCCGCCCGCUCAGCCCGCCACGCCCUUUCUCUCAUUGCUACUGCCCGCCCACCGGCCUUCAUCACCACCAUUGCGAGAGAGGUCCAUCGGUACAACGCAGCUCAGGCAAACUCUCAGUCGCAGCAGAACGUUCACACCACCACUUUGGCCAGAGCCAAGACCGAGAUCCUGCGAGUGAUCGACAUCCUGAUAGAGAAGAUGCCUGGAGAUGUCGUGGAUCUGCUGGUCGAGGUGAUGGACAUCAUCAUGUACUGUAUUGAAGGUUCUCUGGUGAAGAAGAAAGGACUGCAGGAGUGCUUCCCUGCUAUUUGCAAGUUCUACAUGGUUGGUUACUGUGACCGUAGUCACCGCAUCGCCGUCGGAGCUCGCCAGGGUUCAGUGGCCCUCUACGAUGUUCGUACUGGAAAGUGCCAGAACAUCCAUGGUCAUAAGGGUCCAAUCACAGCGGUGUCGUUCGCCCCUGAUGGCCGUUACCUGGCAACAUACUCCAACGCAGACAGCCACAUCUCCUUCUGGCAGAUGAACACCAGUCUGCUGGGCAGCAUUGGCAUGUUGAACUCGGCCCCUCAGCUCCGUUGCAUUAAGACCUAUCAGGUUCCUCCUGUGCAGCCGGCAUCCCCGGGCUCACAGAACCACCUCAAGCUUGCCCGCCUCAUCUGGACCUCCAACCGCAACGUCAUCCUUAUGGCCCAUGACGGCAAGGAGCACCGCUUCAUGGUCUAAACCAGACCUGUAUCUCCUGCUGAGUCCCGUUGUAACAGACAGACCUGGACCUGUUUAUAGGGUUUUUGCUCUAAGGCAGAGUCAGAGUGGAUUCACUCGGUAGUUUUAGCUUCAAAUCUGUAUCCUGAGCUGCUGGAACAGUUGUUAGAGCCUCAAAAUUCAUUCAAAGAUUUCAAAGAUAUUUUGCGUGAAAGGGUAUUGAAGGUUUUGAAGGUUUUGAAGGUUUUGAAGGUAUUGAAGGUUUUGGACUUCAGCUUGGCCAUCAAAGUGAAAAACCCAGCUCAGGUCCAGGUUUGAACUGGAUUCUUUUUUAUGUUUCCUCUCUCAUCAUGAUCAUUGUGAGGAAGCUCACUCUGAUGUAUUUAAAAGCCGCGAUAGAAGGCUUGUUUACAUUCUGAUUUGCAUUGAGGUGUAUUUAUUUUUGCUGUUUUUGCUGGAUGCCAUCUUGCUGCAGCCAUUUUGGGUCCCAAAUGUUGCUGUUUAUUUAAAUGCAGCCUUUGACCCACCAAGGUUUUAGUUUAUUGUAGUGCUUAAUAAGAGCAUCUUGUUGUUAUUAAAUGUUUGAAACCUAAUGCAGGUACUUGUGGAUUCACUGAUUGAAACAUAGAUUUAACACUGAAGGCACUGAAAAUAAACCUUUUUUUUUUUUUCAAAUUUCUGCUUUAAAGUUUGUUAGUCAAAAAGUGCAAAAUUCUAAUUAAUGUCUUUAAAUUCUGUUGCUAAAAUUAAUUAUUUCUAGUCAAAAGAAAUUCUCCCCUACCCUCCUGAAGACUUAGGCUCUGUGAGACAAGUGCACACUUUACACAUUGCAAACUACACGUGUGUUUAUGUGUGUGUGUUUGCUUUUAUUUUUGUGACACAUUGGAAGCUUUUCCAUCCUCUGAGCACCUCACAGAAAUGUGUGUGUGUGUACGUGUUAGAGUCAGUGUUUUCUGUGUCUUCAGUCUGUUUUAUUCAAGAACAGCCAGUUUCCAUGGUGUCCACUUUUUGGUCCAAGUUCCCAGGUGAACCUUUUUUUUUUUUUUUUUUUUGGGUCACUUCACUUUCUUCUGGCUUCUCUGGAGUUUCUGUCCCACUCCGUAUGUAAAAACUAAGUCUGAAAAGAAAAAGCUCCUUUCUUGCCUCAUUUUAGGCCCCACUUGUAAGUUUUUUGGGGUAAUUGUGUGUUUCUUUGCAAACGAUUGCUCUAUACUUCACUGAUAGACGUGAAGACUUCUCUCAUCUCUAGAUAUAAAUGUGUACAUAUACAGAAUAUAUAUAUAUAUAUAUAUAUAUAUAUCAUCACAUUACAAAUGCUGCGUAAUGUAGUCUGUUAAUCUUGUACAGUGAACCUGGAUCCUGUUUGGUGUAUUUGUUGUGGCUAAUGUGACUGUCUGCACUGACUUGUUCUUUAAAUUAGUGAAUUUCCUCUUUAUGUUAAUUGAAAAAAAAAAAACAUGAGUCAUUUGGAAAAUGAGAUAUCAAGGAAUAUCAGCCGUCUUAUUUUGGAUGAGAUAAAAGGAUGAAGACACAGAAAAGCAGAGGAAAAUCUGAAGCGUCCCAGUAUUCCAUUAACUGCACAUGUUUGGUUGCUUGAUAGAGAUCCCGACAGUCCUUUUCAUUGAGGGAAGCCAUAGGUUAUUAAGUUUACAGGUGAAUAUUUGUUGCAGUAGGAAAGAAAAAACUGCAUCUGUUCUCUUAAAUGUUGUUCACAUUCCUUUUUAAUAACAGCGCGCAUGAAGUUGCUUGUUAGCCUUGAACUAAUUACAUUGCAUUUUAUAGAGCAGCAGCAGCUGAAAAUCUUCUCACCUUCUCUCAGUCAGUGAUGUGAAGUGUUCACCUCUCCUUGUUUUCAAAUGUUGUCACUGUUUUAGUGCUCAGAGUUUUAUGCAGAGAGAGAAAUCUAUACAGAUAUGAUAUUUAUAGAUAAAAUCAGAGUUUAGAUGAUUUUAUUUUAGUUUACUUGUUUUUUUUGCGACUCGGCUGACACACACUAAAUUUUUACAUGACACUUCUUGAAUUCUAUAUUUUCCACUCUGCCUUCUUGCCUCCUCCUCUCUGCCUUCCCUCCAUCUCCUGUCAGUUUCAUCCAUGCUGUCAGAAAGCUUCUAACACCGUUACACACCUGUAAACUCAAGCGUGUCAAAGCUUUUCACAAGUUCUUCCUCUCUUCAAAAAAAAAAAAACCCAGCAGCUCGUCGGAUGGGUUUCAACAAACACACACAUGCACACAAACACACACAUGCACACACGUCAAGUCCAGUCAAGUCCAGACAGCUUUGAGAUCUUAAUCUUUGGUUUUCUUCACCACUCUUUACAGUUUGAGAAAAUCUGUUUUUGGCAGCCUCACGGGAGGGAAGGUGAGAAAAAUAAAGAAGGCAGAGAGCUGAAGAGUAAGUAACAAGUGAGGAAGAAAAAGGAGGUUCUUUAGUGAAGGUAGUAAACUGAAAAGUCUAAAAGAAGCUUUUGGUUUUCUUCAGCACGUGAUGUGAUCACAUAAAACGACAAAGUGUUCUGUGACUUGAAUAUAAAAAUGACAAAUACAGACGGAACAUUUUUACAUUUUCUUUUUCUUCCUCCUGCUUCCUGUAAUAAACAGAUCAGCUUCUUCAGUCUGUCUCUGUAAAAAGGCUUUACCUCAGUUUUCAACAUGUCUGAUGUGCGAUGACCAGAUUGAUUGUGUUUUAAACAGAAAUGUGUUUGCGUACCUUCAACAGCAAAUAUCCAUUUCUGAAUUUCCCAUUAAUGUAAUCAGCGUUUUUUCUUUAUGUAUUUAGUGUUUAUACAGUGAACUCAGCUUAGAUAUUUCAGAGUGUGUGUGUGUGUGUGUGUGUGUGUGAUGUACUGUAGUGCAUGUAUAUAUGCUUCCCUUGAUAUAACACAGAGCAGGUUGAAUCUACUGUGCAUCAUAUAAACAUGUGUUGUGUUCAAAUGUGUUGAUGUUGACUUUGUGUCCAAUAAAGAUGAAAAUAAGACAGUG